AUGCCGCCGCUCUUCACAUACCAACAAUGCAAUGAGGCUCGACAUCUACUCCGCGCCAUUUUGCGUGAAUCAACCUAUCUUCCCGACCAUCAGGCCCGUAUCUACAUAGCCACCCACGCCCUUGACCGCUUCCGAGACUACACGCCUGGACACAAACCUGACCAUGUCUUGAUACAACGGAGACGACUGCAGCUCGACCAUGCCCGAAAGGCUCUGUCCGAGCUGCGCCGAGCGAAUGAAGGAGAGCUGAAACCUCUGCUCAAAGUCCUUCAUCUGACCUAUGCCCGCAUCGGCAAACGACGACACGAAAUCCUGCGUGACUUUCAAUACAGACCGCCUGCUGAUGUCGACGUCAAGCCUGACACACCGCCCAAGCUUUCGACUCAGCAUAUUGCACUCCUUGAUUCUCAGAGAAUGGCUGCUCCGCCUACCAUUGUUCGUCCUCUUCUCCGAUCAUGGUCUUUGAAGAUCCCCGAGACGAACAGCUGGGAAAGACCCCUGCCUAAGAAACGCCUUGCGAAAAUCGUCCGGGACUGGUAUGCCGAUGUCUUGAACCGAACCGUCGUACCUCUCCCUGUUGCAGAGUGGGAGCGCUUGCGCGAUCUUGCUUUAGGCAAAAUCAGGUUUCAGGGCCCUAUACCCCGUCGUCCUAUGCCUGUGUCAGCAAACAGCGUUCCUUCUCCAAUCCAUCUCGCCCUUGGUAUGGUCCAGCUCAACUCACCUGCUCUGGUUCUAAGCAAUGCAAGCAACUCAAUUCAUGCCCGUAAGCUCACUGCACGUUCAAUGAGAAGAUGUUGGGCCGCGGUUUUUGCACAGUGCCCUGUAAUGUCAUGGAAUGCCGAGUCUCAGAAAUGGUCAAUCCAAUGGGGCUGUGAUAUUUUAAACCAAGCGAAGAUUGCAAAUGCCACCAACGAAGUCGCUCUGAACAAGAUUUGA